AUGGUCGUCAUUCAGGAGCUGAUGAUCAAGAACAUCCGCUUCCGCACCUAUGACCUGGGUGGCCACGAGACCGCGCGUCGGAUCUGGAAGGACUACUUCGCCACCGUCGAUGGAAUCAUCUUCUUGGUGGAUGCCGCAGACCGCACGCGCUUUCAGGAAGCCAAUGAGGAGUUGAACGGCCUUCUGAACGAGCAGGCCCUGGCCAACGUGCCUUUCGUGGUGCUGGGCAACAAGAUCGACAUCCCUACAGCUGCGUCGGAGGAUGAGCUGCGAAAUGCACUCGGGCGCGGCCCAGCAGACCAUUGGGAAUAUUGGGGUGGGCCUUUGGUGGAGUUUGUAAAUUGA